AUGCUCUCUGCGAGUUACCUUCACUGUUGGUAUCCGUCUGACAUACCUACCUCCUUGCAGUCUUCCAACCAAGAGUCCAAAAUCACCGACUGGGUCAAGCCCGGCGACAAGACCGGCGAGUUCAAGCGCCAAGUGAGCUCAUUCCGCAACUGGAUCUCCCGCGAGUCCGGCGCCCAGUUUCCCCCCGAGGCAGGCCGCUACCAUCUCUACGUCAGCUACGCCUGUCCCUGGGCGCACCGCACGCUCAUCACGCGAAAGCUCAAGGGCCUGGACGACAUCAUCUCCUUCUCGGUGGUGCACUGGCACCUUGGGGAGAAAGGGUGGCGGUUCGCGACCAAGGAGGACAAGGACGUUCCCGGCGAGAAUGUGAUUCCGGAUCCUCUGCACGAGGGCUUCACGCACCUCCGGGACGUGUACUUUGAGUCGGACAAGGAGUAUGCGGGGCGAUUUACGGUGCCGGUGCUGUAUGAUAAGAAGACGAGGAAGAUUGUCAGCAAUGAGAGCAGCGAGAUUAUCCGGAUGCUGGGGACAGAGUUUGACGAUCUCGUUGAGGAAAAGUACCGCUCCGUGGUCCUCUACCCAGAGAACCUCCGCAGCCAGAUCGACGAGACAAACGAGUGGACGUACAACCUCAUCAACAACGGCGUCUACAAGUCCGGCUUCGCCACCACAUCCGCAGCCUACGAAAAGGCCGUCGUCGCGCUCUUCGAGGCCCUGGACCGCGCAGAAGAGCACCUCGCCUCCGUCGCGGACCAGGGGCCGUAUUACUUUGGCGGCAGCCUCACCGAGGCCGACAUCCGGCUGUACGUGACGCUGGUGCGCUUCGACCCCGUGUACGUGCAGCACUUCAAGUGCAACAUCCGCGACAUUCGCAGCGGGUACCCGAGGCUGCAUCGGUGGAUGCGCAACCUGUACUGGAGGCAUGCUGCGUUUAGGGAGACGACGCAGUUUGAGCACAUCAAGUGGCAUUAUACGAGGAGCCAUACGCAGAUCAAUCCGUUGAGCAUUACGCCUGUUGGGCCAUUGCCGCAUAUCUUGCCGUUGGAGGAGGAGGUGCGCGCCGUGGUGGCGAGGGUGUAA